AUGAAAGAUAUAUUAAAUAAAAAACAGAUUUUUGAUUCUAAAAAGAUACAAGAACACAUUAUAAAAAGAAGGAUGGUCUAUAAUAUAAUGUCUUGCUCUUCAAUACCUACCGCUCAUUCAAUAGAAAAAGACAAAAUCCAUUCUGGCAAUGUCAGUCAUUCUAAAACUGAAAAUUAUUCUUCUAAUACAAUAUUAGAAUCAAAAUAUUCUUUUUCUAAUUUAUUAAAAACAAGUUGCAAGGAAGAAAACGUUAUGAAAAAAGAAAAAAAUAAUGUAUUUUUAUCUUCAAAAAAUGGAGUACAAAAUUCUCGUUACGAAACAGAGAAAGCAAUAAGAAAUACUAUUGCAUUGGCUGUGAUAACAAGAUUACACCAAUGGUGUUGUCAACUAUUUUGGUUAACAAUUAUAUGUGUUAUGGGUGCAUGUGGAGAUCUUCAUUAUAAUAAAAGCAAAACAUUACAAGAUAUUCGUAAAAGUCUUACUAAAAACAAUCUUCAAUCAAAUACAAUUUUUUCUGUGUCAAAUAAAGAUGUCACAUCAAAUAGUCAUGUUAAAGCUAAUAAAAAAACAAAAAAUGUUACUCAGAUUGAAAUUCAAUUGCUAAGACAUCUUACAUGUCCUCAAACAGCAAUUUUAAGACCAUUAAUAAAAAAGAAUAAAAAAAGACUUGCUUCACGUCCCCCAUCUAGACAACUUUUUGAUAUUAUGGAAGAAGAAUUUGAGUAA